UCUUUGCCUGACGACAGCUUUUUAUCAAAACAUCGCUGAUAUUAUCAUUCGGAAUGUCAGUUAUUCGCAGUUACCGGAUAAUUUGCUGUUCUUUUCGCCAGUAAAUAUAAUCAAAAGGUGUUAUAAUGAUAAAGUGUUACUUUUGACAGCGAGAAAAAGAAGUUGAUAAAAUCAAAUUGGGAAUGUGAGGAAACUAAUGAAGGAAAGAAAAGUGACUGAACUAUGACUGAACAGUGACUGAAAGAUGUUUACAAAAUUGGAAAGUUUUUGUUAUUAGCAGUGCACAUAACAGUAUCUCAACUUCCUUGGAUUUUUGGUGUUGUCACGAUCUACAGUUACAAUGCCUAUCGUUAAUAUCAUUGCUACGCUGGUAAUUGCAUUCGCUGGUGCCAUUGGCAAUUUGACAAUCAUCUACGUAUUCAUUCAGUAUAAAUCACUACGAUGCGUCAAUAACAUUUUCGUAGUUCAGCUUUCUAUUGUUGACUUGAUCAAAGCUUUAACACUGUUGCCUUUAAAGGCUGCAAUGCAAGCAUCGAUGGAAAUGCAUUUAGUAAAGACAGUUUGCUACUGUUCAGGCUUCUUGAGCGCCAUGGCAUUUGUACAUUCACCAUUGGUGCUGGCAGCAAUUGCUGUUGUACGGUAUAUCAUAGUCGUUAAGCCACAUCUCUAUUUGACACUGUGCUCCAGGUCACGUAUUGUGAAAUACUCACUGUUUUUGUUGGCGAUCGCUUCACUAUUUUCUGUUUUACCUUUCAUUGGAAUUGGCAAAUAUACAUACAGCAUACAUCAUGGGGUUUGUUUUGCAGACUGGUCUAGAAAAAAUAUCGCGUUCAGAACGAUAUUGUAUAUGCUGACAAUGGGUACCACAUACCCGGUGAUGGUUCUUUGUUAUUGCAGCAUCUUUUAUAAGUUGAAGAAGCAUGGCCGCAGGUUGUCACGUGCAAUGUCAUCGAACCCAGGCUCAAAGCGCAAGAAUUGUUCAUAUAAAAGCACAGAAAGUAACGGGGAUUACGAACUUCGGCAAUAUCCUAAUGGGAAAAGGGUAGGCAAGCCCACGGGAAGCCACUAUGAAAAGAUAAUUGAUUUGAAUAAGGUCAACGAGGAAAUUACAACAGAAAGAUUUUCAGCUGUAGAUCAUUGUUAUGGAAAAUCUCAAGAAAUACUAACAGAGCUUGAAUUGAAGCCCUCAAAGGGACAUCAUCAUCAUCAUGAUUCUACUUUUAACCAUCUGAACUUGAGCAGUGAAGAGGACAAACAGGAAUGGAUAGCCGCCUUAAAUAGGAACACUGACAAAGUAGAAAAUUGCCUUCAUGAAGAAAAAGCUCAGCAUGGUAUGCAGAGGUAUAAUCUGCGUCACAAGAACAGUGGUAUGGCUAGGCCAUGCAGUUACACAUGUUUCGAAGCCUUAAAGAACUCAACCAAUGAAAAAAGCACAGGCCAUCAGCAAGCAAUAAAGAAAACAGAAAGCAUGUUGCAAGGGAAAGCUCUCAGCUGUGACGUAGAUAUAAAACAAAUGCUUGAUAUUCAGAGACCAGCAAACGCUACUUGUUGUAAGUGUACGCAUAGUCUAGAUUCACAUGCGAAACAAAGAUCUGUAAACAAUACCUUCAACAGUAUGAACACAAGGCAUAUUAACGGAGUACAAGAUAUCAGCGCAGCAUCAGCUGCAAAAAUUCUGUGCCCGGAAGAAAAAUCCAGAAUCUCUUUUAACGCAUCUUCGGACCAAAACAUUGACAGUUCAGUCGAGAUGCAGUCUGUUCGGCGCAAAAUGUCGAGGCUGGAGAUAAAAGUAACCAAAAUCAUGUUUAUAAUAGUAUUAGCGUACACAGUAUGCUGGCUUCCCGCAUUCUUGGUCAAUAUUCUGAUGCUAUCAAAAGCUAUCAACAUUUCUGAUAACGUGCUCUAUUUAAUCGUAACGUUGGUUGAUUUUAAGGUGUUACUGAAUCCACUUAUCUAUGGUGUCGGAAGCCCAAUGAUUCGAUCAGCUAUAUAUUCAUCCAUUUUCAAAAGAGGGGUUGGAAACUAAAGAACUCAAGAGAACCUAAAUGGCAACGGACAUCUCUAUAAACGAAUUGUAAACAAAAAACUCAUGCUACAAAACAGAAUCACGUGGCCUUUUGCUCAACAACUUUGAAUCGAUAAACCAGCACACUUUUAAACUGUUUUCAUUCUUUGAACAGAACUUACUUUUAGUUUGUAUUCAGAUAUGAAAAGCUAUUAUGGAUCAAAAUUUCCUUUUGUCUAAAGUCUUGAAGCUAGACCCACAAUAGCAAUGUACAGUGAAGAAGUCGCUUUCGAGCACACAACUUACGUCUUUAUAAGGUAUAGUUUUGCAGCUAAUGCUGGCUGGUAGGAGGAGUGCACGGCUACAUUGGGCCUGCGUUACACGCAGCCUGGGUGCAUCAAAAUUACGUGGAACAUUCAUUAAGUGAACAUGUAGCAUGGAGGUAGGAUGGCAUGUUCGAACAGUCAUUUUCAAGAAGUACCGGUUGUCUUCUAGUAGUUUGUUCAAUCUACUUUAAAAAAAAGAAACUUCUUAGAAAUGGAGCAAAAGAUAUAUGAUAGAAAAAUUCGUAAAUUCAGAGUAUUGUCGUUCAGAGAAAUAUGUCGCUUAAUAGUUUAGAUAAAUGUUGUAAGCCAAUCGUUAAAAACGAUUUUAAAAGCAGAUGUGAGUUCACUGAUUGCGUAGUUCAUGCUUAACUGUGCUCCCAACUAGAAAUUUGCGAUUAGCUUCCUCUUAUCAACAUAUGACAUUUGCAAACGAGAAACAGUGGGUUUCCUUAUCAUAAUCUUCGAUAACCCACUAAAAGCAUAGAAUGAUACUAAUCUAAUCAAAUACUGUUGUAAAGAUAAAACCUAAAGUUUCGGUUGACAUCACUUCGAAGCGGCUGGCAAAAUACGUUAUUUCCUUCCCAUUCCAAAACUUGCUGAGGUAUCGUAAAUUUUCAAUUUAAAGAGUAAGUGAAAUUUCAAACAAAGGUGGGCUUGAGAAGUCCUUCCAACGAAAUUUGCAAACAUAAAGAUUACUGCACGGUAGAAGCUGAGUUUUAUUUAAUGAAUAAAUAAAUAUUGCAAUUAAUAAAUCAAAUUGUUAUCAACAUUGCAGCAAGAUUCUCACAUACUUUUAAUUUGCUUUUUGUUAGCAGUCUAGGGACGUGGCAUGAGUAUCGACAACAGAGGGAAAAUGCAUACCUUUCUGGGUACAAUUCCACAGCAAAUGAGACAAUAUAAUUGAUAUGAAACAAUGUACAGGAUGCGUGAUGUAUGGUAAUUAAAAAAAUAUUUCAUGUAGUAUUGCUAAGGAGUUAAGCAGCUUAAUAAUAAGUGUUAUGACUCUUAGUCGGCGGCUAGUUCAUGGAGUUCAUUUGAAGCGUUUGGCACAUUGAGAAAAACAGCCCAAAAUUCAGAAAAAACCUCAUACUUAAACAAGUGGAUCUUCAGAUUAACUUCCAUUGAUGCAGAAAUUUUGUUGCUAAUUGCUAAUUGCAAGUUGCAAAAAUUGUAGAAAUAUUGCGAGGUUUGUUGUACUGAACUUAAAGGAAAAUGACAAUCCCUGGGAGAGCCCAGCUAACCCUUAAGGACAUGCAGUUUACCCUGGUACUCCAAAGUUACAAUGUUUACCUUUUCUGUACAAUCUUAAACAAAAUUGCAUGGAAUUAAUACUGGAGUUAGCUGGAAUUGUUUUUCAAGAAUUAUCAACGUCGUUAAAACAUUGUUCGUUUAUGAUACAAAUAUUGAAAAACAAUUUGAUGUAUGUAACAGCAAUUUUGUCUCAAAAUCCAAGCCAGUUAGAUAAGACUGUAUUGAGCCCUUUGUAAAAAGUGAAUGAGCAGAAGGCUAAACAAUCCUUAAAAACUUGAACAGUUCCAACAACCUUUUCGUCCUUCAAGCCACCUUUCCAAGUUUCUUUAAGCGUAGGACCUGGUGUUUUUUUCAAAGCAAGGUGUACUGGCAAAACACUAUGACAAAAUGGAUGAAAUGGGAAAAUGCCAUGGCAAGGCAUACUUACAAUAGAAAAUAGGCAAUUUGCACGCUUUCUUGAGCUUGCCUUGUAUACUUCGUCAACAGACUUGAGGCGUUCAAAGGUUUGUAUUCAGGCAGAGAGUGUUUUGUCAUAAGCCUUCAGUUGGCCUUACUUAAAAAAAAUUUUCAAUACAGAAGGUUCCUAGUAGGCUAGGGAGGGAAAGGUUGAAUUU